AUGCACAGAAGGCACGAGAGGCACUAUACACAAGAGGCAGGUAGAGGCACUAUACACAGAAGGCACGAGAGGCACUAUUCACAGAAGGCACGAGAGGCACUAUACACAGAAGGCACGAGAGGCACUAUACACAGAAGGCACGAGAGGCACUAUACACAGAAGGCACGAGAGGCACUAUACACAGAAGGCACGAGAGGCACUAUACACAGAAGGCACGAGAGGCACUAUACACGAGGGCACGAGAGGCACUAUACACAGAGGCGCACGAGAGGCACUAUACAGAAGGCACGAGGCACUUAUGCACAAGAGAGGCACGAGAGGUACUAUGCACAGAGGCACUGGAGGGCACUUGAUCACAGAAGGCACGAGGAGGCACUAUACACAGAAGGCACGGGGGGCACUAUACAGAAGGCAUCAGACGUGAGGUGUCUCCAGCAGCUGUCUGAGCCGCCUGCUUCUGGCCAUUGUUCAGGCUACUGUGGUCUAUGUAUGAUAAUGAAUAAGAUUUCUACAGGUAUGAUAAUGAAUAAGGCUUCUACAGGUAUGAUAAUGAAGAAGACUUCAACAGGUAUGAUAAUGAAUAAGAUUUCUACAGGUAUGAUAAUGAAGAAGAGUUCAACAGGUAUGAUAAUGAAUAAGAUUUCUACAGGUAUGAUAAUGAAGAAGACUUUUACAGGUAUGAUAAUGAAUAAGACUUCUACAGGUAUGAUAAUGAAGAAGACUUCAACAGGUAUGAUAAUGAAUAAGGCUUCUAUAGGUAUGAUAAUGAAUAAGACUUCUACAGAUAUGAUAAUGAAUAAGACUUCUACAGGUAUGAUAAUGAAUAAGACUUCAACAGGUAUGAUAAUGAAUAAGGCUUCUACAGGUAUGAUAAUGAAUAAGACUUCAACAGGUAUGAUAAUGAAUAAGGCUUCUACAGGUAUGAUAAUGAAUAAGACUUCUACAGGUAUGAUAAUGAAGAAGGCUUCUACAGGUAUGAUAAUGAAUAAGGCUUCUAUAGGUAUGAUAAUGAAUAAGACUUCUACAGAUAUGAUAAUGAAUAAGACUUCUACAGGUAUGAUAAUGAAUAAGACUUCAACAGGUAUGAUAAUGAAUAAGGCUUCUACAGGUAUGAUAAUGAAUAAGACUUCAACAGGUAUGAUAAUGAAUAAGGCUUCUACAGGUAUGAUAAUGAAUAAGGCUUCUACAGGUAUGAUAAUGAAGAAGACUUCAACAGGUAUGAUAAUGAAUAAGACUUCUACAGGUAUGAUAAUGAAUAAGACUUCUACAGGUAUGAUAAUGAAUAAGACUUCUACAGGUAUGAUAAUGAAGAAGACUUUUACAGGUAUGAUAAUGAAUAAGGCUUCUACAGGUAUGAUAAUGAAGAAGGCUUCUACAGGUAUGAUAAUGAAUAAGGCUUCUACAGGUAUGAUAAUGAAUAAGACUUCUACAGGUAUGAUAAUGAAUAAGGCUUCUACAGGUAUGAUAAUGAAUAAGACUUCUACAGGUAUGAUAAUGAAUAAGACUUCUACAGGUAUGAUAAUGAAUAAGACUUCUACAGGUAUGAUAAUGAAGAAGGCUUCUACAGGUAUGAUAAUGAAUAAGACUUCUACAGGUAUGAUAAUGAGGAAGACUUCUACAGGUAUGAUAAUGAAUAAGACUUCAACAGGUAUGAUAAUGAAUAAGGCUUCUACAGGUAUGAUAAUGAAUGAGACUUCUACAGGUAUGAUAAUGAAUAAGACUUCUACAGGUAUGAUAAUGAAGAAGACUUUUACAGGUAUGAUAAUGAAUAAGGCUUCUACAGGUAUGAUAAUGAAUAAGGCUUCUACAGGUAUGAUAAUGAAUAAGACUUCUACAGGUAUGAUAAUGAAGAAGACUUUUACAGGUAUGAUAAUGAAUAAGGCUUCUACAGGUAUGAUAAUGAGGAAGACUUCUACAGGUAUGAUAAUGAAUAAGGCUUCUACAGGUAUGAUAAUGAAUAAGGCUUCUACAGGUAUGAUAAUGAAUAAGGCUUCUACAGGUAUGAUAAUGAGGAAGACUUCUACAGGUAUGAUAAUGAAUAAGGCUUUUACAGGUAUGAUAAUGAAUAAGGCUUCUACAGGUAUGAUAAUGAAUGAGACUUCUACAGGUAUGAUAAUGAAUAAGACUUCUACAGGUAUGAUAAUGAAGAAGACUUUUACAGGUAUGAUAAUGAAUAGGACUUCUACAGGUAUGAUAAUGAAUAAGACUUCUACAGGUAUGAUAAUGAAUAAGACUUCUACAGGUAUGAUAAUGAAGAAGGCUUCUACAGGUAUGAUAAUGAAUAAGACUUCUACAGGUAUGGUAAUGAAUAAGGACUUCUACAGGUAUGAUAAUGAGGAAGACUUCUACAGGAACACCACCGUCAGCAACAUCACCGUCAGCAACACCAACGUUAGCAACAUCACCGUCAGCGACACCACCGUUAGGAACAUCACCGUCAGCAACACCACCGACAGCAACACCACCGUCAGCAACACCACCGUCAGCAACACCACCGUCAGCAACACCACCGUCAGCAACACCACCGUCAGCAAUCCACCGUCAGCAAUUCCAAAGCACCAACAGCAACCCCCAACAGGAGUAUGUAUAAUCACCCUUGAUCUAACAGACACCAACAGUAACCCUCAACAGGAGUAUGUAUUCAACCAGACUUUCAUCUACCCAACAAACUUAGAUGGCAUCACACCGCAGUGUGACCAGAGUAGAAUGCCGUCCUAUAAAGUUAAGGGUCAUACAGCCUCUCCCAACAGAUGA